AUCUCGGGUCGGGACCCCAAUUCGACGUCCUCGCCCAUGUCCACCCCGUCGAGAACCACCCCUCGGUCCUCCACGCCGAACGGCAACCUCGCUGAGCGCCCCGCUGGGAAUCACGCCAGAACACGCUCCUUCCGCACGAGCACGCCUGUGUCUGCUCGAGCGACCGCGGGACAGAGAAGGGAGUCCUUGGUUCCCAGCACCAGCGGCUCGUCUGUGGAGGAGGAAGAGGCCGCUCGCGCCGAGAAGCUCGCCAUGCUCGACGACUUGAAGGACCGCCUGGGCAAGGCCGAGAUCUCGUCCGAGGAAUACAGGAAACAGGCCGAGGUGCUCCAGGCCCGGUUCGACGAGGUCACCAAGGAGCAGGUCAAGUACGAGGAGAAAUGCCACGAGCUCGAGGAGCAGUCCGAGGCCCUGCAGAACGAGAAGAGGGAGGCGACCCGCAAGAUCAGGGAGAUGGAGGCCAUUUACGAGGCUGAGCGCUCCGCCAUGGUCAAGGAGAAGGAAGACAUGGCCAACAGGGAGGAGGAGUUGCAAAUGGUCAUUGCGCGCCUUAAGGACUCCCUGAACCAGCAGAAGAUGGCUGGCGAGGACGAGCAGCCUAGGCCGUCGAGGUCAGUAAACCCGGCAUCGCCAUCUCUCGAGGGCGGCAGCUUCGCACCACCCGCAUCUCUGCAGCGCAGCGACUCGAGAAACCAGUCCAAGCUCAUCCUCCAGAAAGACAAGCUCAUCGAGUCGCUGCGGCUGGAGUUGGCAGAGGCACAGAUCAAGCUCGUCGAGUCGGAGAACCAGGGCGGCGGCAGGCUGCAGGAGGUCGAGCGCCUGCUCAUGGAGACUCGCAUGGCCAACGCACGCCUCAUGGAGGACAACGAGAGCUACCAGCUGCUGCUGCAGGAGAAGACGCUGAACGGAGACUUUGGCAAGGACGACUUCAGCUACAUGCGUGGUGCGCAGAGCAACGAGGACGCCCUGGCUGCUCUCGAGGGCAAGACAGCCGGCGCCAGCCUGGCAGACGAGCUGAACGACGUAGCCGAGGGCGAGGAGCAGGAGCAGAGCGAGCACACCCGCCGUCUCGAGACCGAGCUGCGGUCCAUGAAGGACCAGAACAAGGCUUUGACGCUAUAUAUUAACAGAAUUAUCGAGCGCCUCCUGCAGCACCAGGACUUUGAGCACAUCCUCGACCAGACAGACAGCACCGCGAAGCCCAACACCGAGAAAGACCUGCCACCUCCGCCUCACGAGCUGAGGCAAGCCUCGGGAUCUUCAGUCCUGCAGCGCGCCAAGUCGAUGGCCACUGGCGGUCCAGCAGCUGCAGCAGCUCCUCCAGGCAAGCCCAGACCUCGUCCCAUGUCGGUGAUGCCAGCAGCGGCCAACAGCGCGCACUUCAACCCCGAGACGGCACCUAGUAUUCCGAUCGGGUUGGGACGGUCGCAGUCGACGCGGCGCUCACGGCCCAUGAGCGAGAACUUUACGGGUGCGGCUUCACUCGUCAACCAGAUGUACAAGGGCCCGGAGGGCCCUUUAUCCCCAACCCUGCGUUCGUCCCGGGACUUCUUCAACACACCGCAGCGCGAACGCAACACCUCUGGGGCCACAGCGGCCUCGGUGCCGGGCAAUUUCCCUGGCAGCAUGCGCAGCGAGACGUCGAGCGUCAGCGGCGACUCGUCGUCGAUGGCCAACGGCGAUAAGGACACGAUCAGCAGCACGCCGAACCAGAGUCCUCCCCGCGAGAAGAGGGUGACGCAGACGUUCGCCGCGGGCAACAAGCCGAGGCCCCUUAGGCUGGUGCAGGAGAACAACGAGGCCCAGGCCGCGGCGAACAAGCGGCAGAGCUGGAUUGGCGGGUGGUUCGCGGGCGUCGGUGCCAAGAAGGACGAGGUCGUCUCUCCC